AACAAUGAGGCCUUUGGUAAUUGUGCAGGAUCCACCCCCAGCUUCCCAGUGUGUCCCCUCUGCGGGCUGGAUCCCGGUGGCGGCUUGGGGGCGGGGCUGGGGGCCCUGAAUGGGCCCCUUGUCUCAGCGCUGGGUGUGGGCCAGGCUCCCUGGGCACACAGUGCCCUCGCCAGGCCUGGCCAGCCUCCGUGGCUUUCACCCCCAGCAGGCUGAGGACCGCCCUGUGGGUGAGCAUGCCCCACCCUGAGAGCCUGGGCUGGGCUCCUGUCCCAGGCUGCGGAAACAGGUAGGGAGAAGGCCCCCACCUAGUGGGGAAGGCGGGAAGCAGCAACCACCGUCUGAGAGCACCCUGACCCCAGACCUGUGGAGAGUGGAAUACUGAAGGGCCACUCAGGUCAGACAUCCCACCCGUUAGAUCCCUACAUUCAUGACCUUGGGCAGGUUCUUUUUUUUUUUUUUUUUUCUUCCUGAAUCUCAGCUUCCCCACGGGUAAAAUGGCACUGACCAGAAGGGCAGCUGUGAUGAUUACAUGACAUCAUACAUGGGAAAUGCCCAGUGAGUACCAGGUGCUCAAUAAAUGUUAGCUUCCCUCGCCCGGACCUGGGGGAAGGAGGGCUGAGGACCCCGGGAUUGGCUCCGGGGGUCCUGGAAGGGCCUCGGGGGUUGGGGUCAGGGCCAGGUAGGCUCUCACAAUGGGCUAGAACUCUGCCUUCCUCUGAGUUCUCAUCCACUUCGACUCCUCUCCCUGUCUCAGGGAGGGGAGGAAAGGCUUAGGAUGAGUCAUCGGUGAAAGCUUUCCUUCUGGAUUCUCCAUUUCUUUCUUUUGGCCGCACUUGAAGCUCCCAAGAGACCCCUCAGGUGGUGGCCACUGGCCUGCAGCCUGUUCCCCUCCAACCUUUGUACUGAAUGCUUGUCCUGCCCCCUACUCGGUGCUUGUGUGUUGGGAGAAAUGGCGGUGGUUCUGAGGUUCUUCCGAUGGAUUUGGCGAAAGAUUGCUUGCUGGGUUUUCUUCUGGAGAGAAAAAACUAAGUCAGCCUUCUUGAAACACCAUGAUUCCCAGAAAAGUGUAUUAAACAUGGAGAAGACUCCCAAGGUGUUUGAGACUUUCAAGUUGUUUGAGCCCAGCAAAGAGGCCAAGGUCUCUAAGAUGGAGGAGUCCCCCAAGGUGGCUGAUCCCUGCAAGUUGGCCAAAGCAACAGAUAGGGCUGAGGUGGAGCCGAGUCGUAGGGUCCGAUCCCUGCUGCAGCUGCCCCGGACAGCUGUCAAGUCUGUCUCCACGCUCAUGGUCACGGCCCUGCAGAGCGGCUGGCAAGUAUGCAGCUGGAAGUCAUCUGUGAGUUCUACCUCCAUUUCCUCCCAAAUGAGGUCUGGGUCCCAACUGGAGACAACGGAGGCUGAGAUGCUGCGGGAAGUGUACCUGAUACUGUGGUCCAUUCGGAAACAACUGCGGCAGCUGGCCCGCAGGCAGGAGAGGAGGAGGCGGUGCCACAUCAGGGCCCACACUGGCCUGCAGCCUGACGUGGCUCAGGGCCUGAAACAGGAUGCCCGGAGUCCCCUCUAGGGGGGAAACCCCACAUCCUCAAAAAACCCCACCUCAGUUUUAAGUAAGGUUGAUAGGAGAGGUUAGGCCAGCAGGCCAGGAGUUGUGAGUCAGGAGAAGUUUUCAUAUUGUCACCUCUCUCAUUGAGAGCCUAAGCCCAGGCGUCCCACUUAAUUCCCCUUCGUUACGUUUAUUCAAUUUGUAAAGAAGAAAAAAUUGCCAAAAGGUUGGGAAAUAAAUACCAGAUAUUUCUUAGUAAA